AUGAGUCUCAUCAAACACGAUUAUUUAAGAAAACAACAUCAGUGCAAAAUAAUGUCUGUAAUGAGUUUAGAUGAAAGUCAAAAUGCUUAUGAUAAAGUCUAUCAAGGUUCAGACCACCAUAAAAAAUCAUGGACACAUGAAUUAAUUGCUGGUGCAGCUGGUUUUGCUGCAAUGAAAGCAUAUGAAGACCAUUGUCGUGAUUCAGGUGAAACAGUUUCACAUGGAAAAAUGAAAGAAUUAUUAGCUGCAUUUGCUGCUGCUGAAGUUGAUAAUUUAGCUGAAACAAAGGGAUUAGAUUUUUUGGAUCUAGAAAAGACAAAACUUAUGGCAAAACAUCAAGCACACAAGUUAGCUGAAGAAAAGUAUGGACCAGGAAGUGCCGGACCUGGUUAUGUAUCAUAUCGUACAGUUGCCCGCUGGUAUCGUGAAUUUUCAACUGGUCGAGAGUCUCUGGAAGAUGAUCCUCGGAGCGGUCGCCCAAUAACCGUCGUUACUCAAGAAAAUAUUGACGCUGUCAAAAAUCUGGUUCAUGAUGACCCACAUAUUAGUAUUGAUAUUAUUGCCGAGACCUUGGAUAUAUGUCGUGGCAGUGUGGAUACUAUAUUGAAACAACAUCUGCACUUGAGAAAAAUGUCGUCAAGAUGGAUGCCUCAUGAACUGACAUAG